AUGAGCCAGCGCAACAAACGCAGGCGAGUGAAUGCCAGUUCGAGCUCACCAUCUGUAUCGUCGAAUCUUACGAUGGCAAACCCAAUUACUGCAGAUCCAUGUAACCCUGCCAAUGUGUUGGAAAGGCAAAAAUGGAACGGCUUCUGUGAGCUUGAGUCGGAACCGGCUAUUUUUAACGUGAUGCUGCGCGAAUUCGGAGUCAAAGGGGUCAAGGUUCAAGAAGUCGUCUCACUGGACGAAGAAUUGAUGGCAUUCUUAAAGUAUGACUCUUCCAGUGACAUUGUCUCUGACAUUCUUAACGGCCUGUUGAUUCUGAAGAAGGCUUACAUGCAAGUAACGGCCAGUAAUGCCUGCGCAAGCGUGGCACUCCUGAACAUUGUGAACAACAUCGAAGGAAUCGACCUUGGGGACAAUUUACGACAUUUCAGAGAAUUUACGAUGCCGUUCACACCAGCGUUGAGGGGCGAUGCCAUCAACAAUUUUGAAUUCGUCAAACGGAUACACAACUCGUUUGCCAGGAGAAUGGACAUAUUGAAUUCAGAUCUGCAGCUGAAGGUGGAGGCGACAUCCAAACGUUCUCGGUCAGGCAAGAACAGGCAUGAUGAGUUUGAGACUGACGCUGGAUUUCACUUUAUCGCAUUUGUUCCUGCACUGGGCAAAGUCUGGAAGUUUGACGGCUUGGAGCGUCAGCCCCAAGCUCUCGGGGAAUAUGAGCCCGACGAGGACUGGUUGACUCUAGUACGGCCCAACAUUCUCACCAGGAUGGCGGAGUACGAAGAGGAUCAAAUUGAGUUCUCUAUUCUCAGCGUGGCUAAGGAUCCGCUUGUUGAGCUCGAAGAUAAGCUGGCAAUCAAUGUCAAAUGCUUGGAAUCAGUCAACCGCUGGUUGGCUUCCCGCGAGGAGGCCGAGGAAGUCUGUCCCGGGCCCGAAUGUCCCGCUUCUCUGCUCGAAAAUACAAUUUUGGGACCCGAUAUUUCCUUUAAUUUGACGAGGCAUCGCAUCGAGGGCGUGAUUAUCCCACCAGGGCGUGAAGUACAGUAUGAGAAAGCCUCAGUGGAUGAACUGAGGCAGCAUCAAUACCGGCUCAGCAACGAGCAGCGGGAGCUUCGAGCAGCCAUUUUGGAAGAACAGCAAUCCCAUCGGGCGGACGAUGACUAUGCAACCGGGCGGCGGUUCGACUACGGACCAGCAGUCAAAGCAUGGAUUCGGUUCUUGGCGCGCAAAAGAAUCUUAGAGAGCUUGAUAUGA